GUACAUAUCUUCAGAGAAAAGUUAACAGUGUUAAAAAGGAUCUUAUAAAAUAUGAAGUUCUGGAAUAUGUUAUUGCUUACAUCAAUGUUAUUAAAUUUCAAAAAUGGGAAUUACUUCAUACAUACCUUUUGUUAAUACUUCACCCUGAUGAUAAACCAAUGUCUUCCAAUAACUAUGAUGAAAUUGUUCAAGCUGAAAUAUCUAAUUCAGUUGUUAAUCCAAAAACUUACGUUACCGUCACUACAA